UUAUGUGCCUGGUGCCUGUGAAAGCCAAAAAAGAGCACCAAAACUCCUGGGAACUACAGUGAGAUGAUUGUAAGCCAUCUGAGGAUUCACCUGCACCGUGCAUGCUUCAACUUCCCGCGCAAACCACGACCACUACUCACAGACAACUCUGUCCCAACAAACACCAACCUAGGGUCGGUCCCCUCCCUGAGCCCUCCGCGAAUCAAGCACGCACUCCUACAGCUCCCAGCCCGUCCAGGGACUUGGCGCUGUGCUUUCUGGGACUUGUAGUCCAGGUGACGUACCCUGUGGCCUUGCGCCUGAGCUAGGCAUCUUGGGAGUUGUGGUUCCUGGGCAUGAAGGCGCCUGUGUGUUCGUCAUCAGGGUAUCUCCGGAAUUGUCUGCUGGGACUUAGGGAGACCCGGUGAGAGCUGGAGCCGUGGCACUGAGGGCUGAGCUGCGAACGCCCACGCCGAAGCUGACGGCCUGUGAGUAAGAACCGGCAGAGUGUGGCCCGGCUGACGAAUGUAAGACCGACAAACAAAAAGUGGGACUGACCGACCGGUCGUCUGUGCCCGACAGGUUGUGCUGUGUCUAAAGCAUCUUGGCCUCGUAUAUCACGUCCAGUGACUAACUGAUGAAGCGACUGAAGGAAAUAGUUCUUUGAUGGACUUUGUAGGAUAUAUGUGCAUGUGUGGAUGUGGUCAUGUGCAUGCUGUGGGAUGGGCCUGGAAGUCGGAGGACAACUUCUGAAAGCUGGCUGGCCCUCUCUGUCGGUCUCCUUGUUUCUGCUCACUGCAUACUCCAGACUAGCUGGCCCACAAACUUCCUGGUGAUUCUCUGCUCUCUGCCUCCCAUCCUCCCAUAGAGUGCUGGGAUUACAGAUGUGUUCUCCUGCAUCCAGCUUUUUGCAGGUUCUGGGGAUUGAACUCAGGACAGCAGGCUUCCAUGAUGGUGAAGCUCUAACAUUUCUACAGACCCAAUUCAGAGACUCCAGCCAUCCCGUGUCUCACUGAGUUCAUCUGCCCAAUGGCCAUCCCCAAGUGCCCUCUGAACCCAGUACUCUGGGAACAGGACAGCUUCCUUCAGGUGAAGGUGAAAGAGGAGGAAGAAGCUAACCUCUGCCAGAGCCAGGGAUGCAGCCCUAGCCCUACUGCCCAUCCUGAGGCUGCACGCCUGCGCUUCCGGCACUUCCGUUACGAGGAGGCAUCCAGCCCCCAUCACGCGCUGGCACAACUGCGAGAGCUAUGUUGCCAGUGGCUGAGGCCAGAGUCGUCCUCCAAAGAGCAGAUGCUGGAGUUGCUGGUGCUGGAGCAAUUCUUGGGUGCACUGCCCCCUGAGAUCCAGGCCUGGGUCGGGGCUCAGUGCCCAAAGAGUGGAAAGGAGGCUGCCAUUCUGGUGGAGGAUCUGACUCAGUUGCUGGACAAGAGAGGGUGGGAACCAGGAGUGCAACACGAAGAGGCAAGUUGUAAACAGAGCAGCACAGACGAGUCACACCCACCAGACAUGGCCACUGAAACACCCGCAGGAGUCAUUUCCCCAAAAUCCACCUUUGCCCACACUUGGAAACCUGAGAGCAGCUCUGCGAGCCAGCCAGAGCUCCUAGGAGCACGCUGGAUGAAGCCUGCUGCCCAAGAGAUGGAUUUCAGAAGAGACCUGGGGUCUCACAUGGGUGCCCCCAAAAACCAGCCUGGCUAUGAGUCUGACGUCUCAGGAAAGAGUUCCAACCCGUGGCCUAGCUUCCCUUCCCAAGACAAGGCUUCUUCAGAGGAGAAACUUGGCCCAUUGUAUGACUAUGGGACAGUGCCUCCAGAUACACACUCAGAAAAGAAGCCCUCCACGUACGGUGAAUGUGUGAGAACAUUCCAGAAUACGUCAGCCCUGGAGGCCCACCAGAAGAGCCACUCUCAGAAGAUGCCCUAUGCCUGUGUCGAGUGUGGGAAGGCUUUCGGUCGGAGCACCCACCUUGCCCAACACCAGGUUGUCCACACAGGAGCAAAGCCCCAUGCAUGUAAGGAGUGCGGGAAAGCCUUCAGGCGAGUCACCCACCUGACGCAGCACCAGAGGGUUCACACUGGGGAGAAGCCCUAUAAGUGUGAGGAGUGCGGCAAAACCUUCAGCCGCAGCACCCACCUCACCCAGCAUCAGCGGGUGCACACCGGGGAGCGGCCUUAUGAGUGUGACCUGUGCGGCAAGGCCUUCAGCCAGAGCACCCACCUGACACAGCACCAGCGCAUCCACACCGGGGAAAAGCCCUACAGGUGUGACGUGUGUGGGAGAGCCUUCAGUGACUGCUCAGCUCUGGUCCGGCACCUGAGAAUCCACUCUGGAGAGAAGCCCUAUCGGUGUAAGGACUGCCCAAAGGCCUUCGCGCAGAGCUCCUCCCUCAUUGAGCACCAGCGCACGCACACGGGAGAGAAGCCCUACAAGUGCAGUGACUGUGGGAAGGCCUUCAGCCGCAGCUCAGCUCUCAUGGUCCAUCUAAAGAUCCAUGUCACUGUGCUUUAGUGACUGGAAGCACCACAGCACAGCCUCCCUCAGAGAAACCCUGAAUUCCACAGGAGCCAGGAACCCCACUGGUGGAUAACUGUGUCACCCAGUGUCUAAUGGCAGACUGGGGCCAUCUGGGAACACCUCUACAUUUGAGGUCCCAGGUGAAGUCCCCUAAUGAACAUAGAGAUUCAGACCAAUCGGUGAAACUUCCAGAAGCUUCCUACUGCCUUUUCUCUCCCACUCAGGCUGGUCCCAGAGAAAAGAUAACCUGAGCUAAAGAUGUGCGUUGGUUCUUGGAACCAGAGCAAGUAGAGCUGAGUGUCUAUGUGGCUCAGUCACCUCUAGCUGAUCCUCCAGGUAGGAAGGCCCGAGCUUCACAUUCUCACGCGGCUACUGUUCUUGCCAGUUCCUUUGCUGUCCAUCCUAGAAAGGAUGCCUGCCAGGCUCACUCGGUGCCUUCCUCCUGCUUCCCCACCAUAUUAGUGUAUACCAACGCCAAGACACUUGUGAGGCCUCCUCUCCGGUGAAGCCUCCUCCAUGCCGGCCCACUCAUGCUUUCCCUGGCUUCAGUCCCAUGGUGCUUGACACUUGCCCAGUAUCGUCUCCCUUCCAGACUCCAGCCCUGUGGAUUCACCUCGGGGCUCACCUCUAAUCUAGCCCCUCCUCCCACAUCACCUUCCGUGAGCUUUCGUGGCCUCCCACUGGAUUUUGAUCAGGGCUCUUCUUUCUCACUCCUUCCGGCCUUAAUUCCAUCCCCACCCACUUUCCUCCUGCUGAGGCUGUUUUUGCUGCCCAGUCAUCCUGUGUCACUCCAGGAUAGGAAGUUUCCCGGUGAGUCACCUUUUCAGCAAACUUUGGUGAAUGAGGUACAAGUAUGCCAGGGUCCAUGUCACUUCAGCCCAAGCAAUUGUUCUAGUUACCCUCAACUGUGUAUGUGAAUGCUUGUCUUGGUUGCACAGUGAUGUAAAAGUGGUUUCAAAGUA